UCACAAGUUGAUUAUGAAUUUUCAAAGAGCUCCUUUAACGACGCAGAGACUUCUACGACUCCUCCAUGUGAGCUAUGUCUCGGUUCCUGAGCUUCCUACGCUCAGAUUCUCUCACUCUCUCUCUAGUAUCAUCAACAUUUAUGAUGCAUCCUCGAAGCUUCACAUUUUCAUCCAGUACUCUUCUCUUCUCUCUGCACCGAUUCUGAGUGAUCAUUUCAUUUCAAGUUCUCUUCUCGUCUGUUUUGUACUUUCUUUAUUGUAUACAGAUGAAUCUUCCUGCUCUCAUGCAGCACAGUGCUCCCAUUAAUGCUCCUUUCUCUAUUACUUUGUUAGUAAUGUCUGUCUGUAGUGUUCUUAAUUAAUCUUUAAUCCUUGACAAUUUCAUUUCUUGUUACCUUCUACUGGUACUUGCUUCUAUUUGAAUAAAUAUUUAUAUUUUCUUCUUCUUCUUUUUUAUUAUAUAGAGAGUUAUAUACAGAGAGCUUCUUACGUGAUAUAUUUUGUGUAAAGUUUGAAGGAAUUGAAAGAAGAAAAAAAUGGGAUGCGGUGCUUCUAUGCAUCCACUUGGGGGGAGAGGGAAGAAAAGUGUACCAGAAGUGGUAGUGUAUGUUCCUUCAAUGAGAAUACCAGCACACUCUGAUCUUCAAAGGCCACUAAGAGGGUUAAUUCCUCAAGAUCUUGUUGAUAGGUUGGCCUGCCUUCGCAAUCAGAUUGUGUUAGUGGCUGAGGAUACAGGUGGAUCUGCCGUGACUGAACUAAGGAGGGCACUGGAAGAGUACUUGUCUCUUCUUAUUGGGCUCACCAAGAAAGAACAUGGACUCGAGGGCUUGGUCGAGUUCAAGUGGAAAAAUCUGGAAAGUGGCCGGCAGGAAAACUCUGUGGCAAACUCCUGGUUUGAAUUAUUAUCUGUCAUUCACAUGAUAGCAAUGCUUACUUUGUCAGAGGCUAACACAUUGAUGAUCCCUAAGGAUCGCUCUGGUUCUGGCAUUAGGGUUGUAUCUUCAGAUUGUAAGAGGGAUGCUGUUGAUUUACUGCUUAAGGCAUCAGGGUGGGUAUUCUGUGUCCGUGAAAUCUUGGCUCGUUUACCACCAGAUAUCAAGAAAACCUUUUCAAAAGAUUUCCAAGAUGGUGUCCUGGAGGCUAUAUCCAUUCAAGCGCUAGGCCAGGGAACUGAAAUUCAGCUCGGUUUCGCUGUUGAAAGUCAAAAGGCUUCUUUAUCUGUGAAGAGGAGGUUGGCAUGUGAACAGCUGAUCUACUUUAGUCAGGCUUAUCACUUCUUGUCAGGGCUUGACAUGAGUAAUGGGCAUGGAAAGAAGCAUCUCUGUUUCAUUAAGUGGAAGUUCCUUGAAGCAAAGGCUGCAGCUUACUACUACCAUGGUCUGAUCCUUGACAAGGGCACCGAACCAGCCUGUCAUGUUAGUGCUGUAUGCUGUUUUCUAGCUGCAGGUGGGCUUUUGUCAGAGAGCAAGAAGGCCUGCUUAACCUUUUGCCUCACAGCUCCUGUUACCAGAUCUCCUCCGCUUUGGGGUGCAAUGAAGCACUUGCAUCAGAAAAUUCCUGAAGUUGCAUCAAGGAAGUCUCAGAUGUAUGGCUACCUCUUGGAAGAAGAGAAGGCUCUACAAGCACUGCCUGACCUACCAGAUUUCCAGUUGUCAUUGGCACCUGAUGACUAUGUAUUGCCGGAAAUAGAUCCAGCAUGGGAUCGCGAUAAGUGGGGCAUACAUAGUCAGCCCUUAAAGGAGCACCUCAAAGAUUCUGAAGAUGAGACUGGAACUUAAUGAAACCCUCUAUGAACUCUUCUUUUGUGCUCUAAUGAACUUGAAACUAUGCCACGCAAGGCUAAUACAGUACCAUACCUUACCAAGUUGCCAUAGGAUAGCAACAAGAUACUUUCUUGAUCUGUCUCCACAUCCAUGUAAAUUUUUGUUUAAAACGCUGUCUAAUAAAACUUGUAAAGAGUUUGUAUCUCUAGAAUCAUGUUCUUCUGUUUCGAUGCUAGACAAAUAGGCACCAGAUGUAUCCUUUCCAUUAGAAUUAAUCUUGGAAUGGUUCUUGUGAUGAUCACCAGACAAGCAAAACUCAUCAGCAGUGCGUGCAGCAAAAGUUGGAUAUGGUAGCUCCGGUCAUGGAAGAAUCUUCAUAUAGGUUAACAUCUGAUUUCCCAACUCUUGAUUUUUCAAGACUUCAUAGCUACAAACAGUCGACUAAGUAACAACAUUAUUUCUUAGCAAAUAUAAAACGAGGAAGUGUUGAGAGUCAAUUUCGAGAAUAGAAAACAUAAAAUGAGAAAGCAUGAUUCAAAUGCCCUUAAAAGGUUCACGAAAUUUUAGUCAGCUGCCCUUAUAAUAAAAAUUUACAACUAUCCAAAACACAAUCGUUUACGUGAUCUAUUCUUUUAAUUCCUCCAAUGACGAGCAGA